AUGGCGACACCGGAUAAUAGGGGUUUGAACGAUUCAGACGGUGAGAAGCAGGCGACUAUCGUAAUUUCGAGCGGUGAUAAGAGCUCGGAAUACGAUCUAGAUACUGAUCCUAGCGUUCAAACUGGUUAUCCUCCAGCUAACAAGGAGAAUGCUCAGGACGAUAAUACGGUACCCCCAACGACAGAGGAUGAAUAUCUCUAG